GGAGCGACAGGUCUCGGGCCCUCAGGCGGAGCGGCGGGCGCCGGACCCCCAGAUGGAGCGACAGGUCUCGGGCCCUCAGGCGGAGCGGCGGGCGCCGGACCCCCAGGCGGAGCGACAGGUCUCGGGCCCUCAGGCGGAGCGGCGGGCGCCGGACCCCCAGGUGGAGCGACAGGUCUCGGGCCCCCAGGCGGAGCGACAGGUCUCGGGCCCCAGGCGGAGCGGCGGGCGUCGGACCCCCAGGCGGAGCGACAGGUCUCGGGCCCUCAGACGGAGCGGCGGGCGCCGGACCCCCAGGUGGAGCGACAGGUCUCGGGCCCCCAGGCGGAGCGACAGGUCUCGGGCCCCCAGGCGGAGCGGCGGGCGUCGGACCCCCAGAUGGAGCGACAGGUCU